AUGCUUGCAAGAUCGCUUUUGCGGGCCACCAUGCCCCGUGGCCAGCUAGCCGUCCGUGCGGUUCCAGCAGUGCAAAAACCACGUUUUUUCUCCCAUUCUUCGCUAAGCUACAAUGAAAAGAAGAAGGACGAAAAGCCAAAGUCUAUCUUGGACGACGACAUGUUGGCCAAGGCUGGCUUUGAGGAGGAGCCUUCUGCUGAAGAGAAGAAGGAAGAAACCACCGACAAGUCUUCUCGCAGAAAGCGUAGAACUCAGACUACCAAAGACCGUCAAAGAGAAAAAUGGGCCAAUAUCUUCUAUGGAUCCAUGCUUGUUGGAGGCAUUGGUGCUUUGGGCUACAUGUCGAGAGACUGGGACUCUGCUGAGGAGCAGAAGGAGCUCGAGGCGCUUGAUAUCGAAAACGGUUACACUCCAGGCUUGAUGUAUGAGCGUUUGUCUAAGAGAUGGUCCAAGGCCUUCUCUUUCUUCUCUGAGCCUGUGUUUGAAAACUUGUUGCCUCCACCUCCUCCAGAGGCCUACCGUCGUCCCUUGACCUUGGUUUUGGCCUUGGACGACUUGUUGAUCCACUCUCUGUGGGACACUAAGCACGGUUGGAGAACCGCCAAGAGACCUGGCUUGGACUACUUCUUGGGCUACUUGUCUCAGUACUACGAGAUUGUGAUCUUCUCCACCAACUACCAGAUGUCUUCUGAGAGAACUGUCAUGAAGAUGGACCCAUUGAGAGCAUACAUCCAGUACGCCCUUUACAGAGAGGCUUGUAGAUACAAGGACGGUAAGCUCAUCAAGGACUUGUCUCUUUUGAACCGUGACUUGGCCAAGACCGUCGCUGUUGAGGUUGACCCUGAUACUGUUUCCAUGCAAAAGGACAACGCCGUUGUGUUGAAGCCUUGGAACGGAGAGUCCGACACUGCCUUGGUUGACUUGAUUCCCCUUUUGGAGUACUUGGCUACCCAGCCCAUCAAGGAUGUUAGACCAGUCAUUAAGUCCUUCAGCGAGUCUGAUGAUGUUAUUACUGAGUACAAGAAGAGAGAGGCUCGUUUGAGAGAGAAGUGGAAGGAAGAGAACAAGCAUCUCUUUGAGCGUGCUGGCAAGCCUAACAUUGGUACUUUCCUUGGUUCCAUGGUCGGCAUGUCUCCAAGCGCUUUGAGCAAAGAGCCAAAGAUGCCAUUGGAUUUGAUCAGAGAGCACGGUCAGGCUCAGUACGAGAACUUGCAGAAGUUCUUGCGUGAAAACGCCCCUAAGUUCAUGGAGGAGGAGCAGAAGAUGAAGGAUGAGUUCGGUAAGAUGACUUUGAACAAGUUGAUGACCGAGGGCAUGCCUACUCCUGAAGAUAUUGCCAAGCAACAGGCUGAAAAGGCUGAGGCCGAGAAGUUGCAAGCUUGA